AUGAAAUAUACUUCAACUUUUUUAUUAGCUACUUUAUUUGGUUUAAUUCAAGCUGCUCCAGCUCCAAAUGUUGUAACAGUUACUGCAUACACAACUGUUCUUGUUGAUCAAUCGGGAGUUACUCAUUCACCAGUAGCACAAAAUGAAGAAGUACAAGCUACAACACCAACCGUUGCACCAGCAGCUCCAACUACUUCAGUAAUUAUAGGUGGUUUAACUACUUCAACUUCAAAAACAUCAUCAGCUCCAGUUGCAACUCAGCCAACUACUUCAUCAUCAAGUUCAACAUCAGCAGCACAACCAACAGGCUCGACUUUUUCAGGUGAAGGUACAUUUUAUAGUCCAGGUUUAGGAGCAUGUGGAAGUUAUCAUAGUGAUUCAGAUUAUAUUAUAGCUAUAUCUCAUGAAUUAUAUGAUUCACAUAACGUAGGAGGAAAUCCAAAUAAUAAUCCAUUAUGUAAUAAAAAAAUAAGAGCUUCUUACAAUGGUAAAAGUGUUGAUGUUACAGUUGUUGAUAGAUGUGAAGCUUGUGCUUAUAAUGAUUUGGAUUUCUCACCUACUGCUUUUAGUCAAUUGGCUGAUCAAAGUUUAGGUAGAAUUGAUAUUACUUGGGAAUGGUUAUAA